AUCCACACAAAUUACAUUCUUAUCAAUUUCAUUCACUUGACUACAGAAUCUGUAUUAAGGAAAAAACAUUCAUCACCAGAGUCGUUCAUUGGAUUGCACACAAUGUUCAUUGAGUACAGUUAUGUGAUUCGCAAGUGUGGAACUCAUGAAUUUACGUGUACACAGAAUACUAUUUGUCAUUUCGCAAUUGAAAAUUAUGUUUACACAGAAUCAAUCUAAUACACUAAACAGCUGUCACCUGGAUUAAUUUAAUCUGUUUAUUUAUUGAUCUACUGAAGAAUUAGUUUACAGUGUAUUGUGAAACAUUAUAAAGAUCAGUUUUUCUACUUAUUACAGUCUGUUCAAUGUUCAAUUUAUAAGAAACUGUCAAAUUAAACCUUGAUAAUGAUAUCUAUCAACUUGCUUUAUUUAUUUAUUUAUUGAUACUGGCUGCUUAAGUUACUCAUUCUGUAAAAUUAUUUCAUUUGUUGUACCAGUGACUUAGAACUUAUAAUUAUUUAAAUAUGUUUUCAUUUAAUAUUAAAAUCAGACCAAGUUCCACAAUUUUCUCACUUCUAAUGGUCACUGUUCGUGAUAUGCGUGCACGUUUCCCAAUUAAUUAUAUCUUCUUGUUUUUAAAUACUCUGUUAUUAUGUUACGCAUUUGUACCACCAAUACUAGGGAUAACAAUUGAAUAUAUCAUGAUAUCCUUUAGUGCCGCAGCAGUUAUUACAUUUUCAAUGAUAAUACUCGGGAUGUUCAUCAAGUUUAAAAUUCCUCCUGUUUUAUUGAUUACUGUUUUAAGCAGUUUUAUUAUUGCAGGGCUUGCAAUGUCUGUUGCAUUGUAUUUUACCCACAAAGAAGUAUCACUUCAUAUCAUGGGAACAUUUUUUAUCGUGUCAGUUUUACCAGUCCUGUUAUUUAUUGGUCAGCAGCUGAUAAUUGAAUACUCUCCACGGAUGCUUCCCUCCUAUUAUAUAUUGUAUGCUGUACUGGUGUCAGUAAUAUAUUUAUUCAUAUUCUAUUCAAUCUCUGUGCAAUUUUUAAGUCACAGAAAUAAAUCAACACUUUAUAGCUGUUAAUGUGUACAAUGUAAAGUUUGUUUUAACUAAAUGGUAAUCCGUGAUUUCAUAUUUACUCUCUAUAAGCUAUUCCUCAUACAUAGUUAUAAAUCGAAUUGUAUCGUUUCAUUCAAAUUAUUUUCAUUUCAUUUGGCAGCAGUUAUUCAAAAGUUAUAAAUAUAUUCUGAUACUUGUUUUGCU